UUGCGGAACCAUGCCUCCUCUCGACCUGAACGAGACCAACUGGAUCGUCCAAGUCAACGAGAGCCUCAGCCUCGAGCUCAUGCCCUCCGACGAACAACAGUACUGGGAGAAGCGGUCCAUCUACAGGGUCCCUGCCGGCAUCACCGUCCACAACCGCGAGGCCUACCGGCCGCAGACCGUCUCCUUCGGCCCCUUCCACCACGGCGAUGACCACCUUCGUCCCAUGGAGGACCACAAGCGCCGCGUGCUCGUCCACUUCCUCAGGCGGUCCGGGAAGCCCCUAGAGCACUUCCUUGAGUCCCUGAGGGAGGUGGCGGGGGACCUCGAGGAGAGCUACGACACGCUGGACCCGAAGUGGAUGGAGGGUGGUGGCAAGGGCGUGGCGGGCUUAUUUCUGCAACUUAUGAUCACUGAUGGCUGCUUCAUGCUCGAGAUCCUUAGGACCACUUCACAGGAGGCGAACGACUAUGCGCCCAAUGACCCCAUCUUCAGCAACCAUGGGAAGCUCUACGUACUUCCAAACAUUAGGCGGGACAUGCUGCUGCUGGAGAAUCAGCUGCCCAUGCUAGUGUUGGAUCGGCUGGUUGCCGUCUGUGAUGGCAAGAAGGAGGACGAGUACAUCAACAGGCUCAUCCUCGAUUGCUUCUGCUCCCCCUCCCCGAACAAUCCAAGGAUGGGAAAAUGCCUGCACGUCCUGGACGUCUUCAGGAAGAAUCUGGUCCAGCCCACGUUGGACAAGGCGGUGAGCAAGCGCAGCAAGGAGAUAAUCCGGUCAGCGACAGAACUCCGCGAGCACGGGAUCCGGUUCAGGAAUAGCAACACCUACAGCCUGAAGGACAUCUCCUUUGCCAGCGGGAUCAUGAGGCUCCCCACAAUCAAGGUGGACGAAGACACCGAGUCCAUAUUCCUCAACCUCAUCGCAUUCGAGCGUUUCCACGUUGAGGCUGGGAACGAGGUCACGUCCUACAUCUCCUUCAUGAACAACAUCAUCGACAGGGGACAGGACGUCGCGCUGCUCCACACCAAGGGCAUCAUCCAGAAUGCCAUGGAGAGCGAUGAGGCGGCAGCCAAGCUGUUCAACUCGCUGGCCAAGGACGUGAUGCUCGACCCAGACAGCAGCCUCCAUGACGUGAUCAACAAGGUCAGAGAGUACUGCAAGAAGAGGAGGCACAAGUGGAGGGCCAACCUCAUGCACACCUACUUCAGGAAUCCUUGGGUUAUAUUGUCUCUCAUUGCGGCCUUCCUCCUCUUCGGGCUUAGCAUAAUACAGACCGUAUAUACCGUGCUCAGCUACAAGAAAUGAACCCUCC